AUGCCUCCUAUCCGAUCCAAAAGGAUACCACCUCCCAAAGCAUACAAAAAAGCCAUCAAUGAAAUUGCUAUCUAUAUAGCUAGCAAACCCUCUCUUCUGCAGAAAAUCAGAGAUAAUAAUAUUGAUUCUCUUGUUUCUUCUAUUAAGAGAGAGUUCUGUAAUAUUGCCGAUGGAGUUAACGAUGGCAUUUUCAAUGAUAUUGCAGCUUUCCUCAACCACCCCAAACAAAUGAAGGAGCCGAAUUGCCAUGCAGAGCUAAGAGAAGCGAUGAAGCAGAGGAAGGAGGAGAAGGAAAGAAUUAAAAGAAUCAAAGCUUUAUUUGUGCAGGAGUGUAACCUCAAGGAGGACGAUGCAAGGAGAGACAAAUAUUUGGAAAAGUUUACGAUUGUGGAAGUCACCCGAUAUCAAACACCUUACCCUCCACCCAGUAAUUGGGUGUAUGAGUCCGAGCAAACCCAUGACAUUUGGCAUGAUCACCUCCAGCUUGGUAAGCCGAAGGACAAAAGGCUAAAAGUACCACCGAUGCUACUUUUGGAACCAGAAUAUCUACAACCAGAUGUUGCCGAAGACCAAAACUACAUUUUUGUCGAUUCCAACACCAAGGAAAUUGUUGGAUUGCUUGAGGAUACUGGCAAACUUUGUCAAAUGGGAUAUUCAGCUGGUUCCAGAAGCAAAGCCAGUUUCGAUUGGGUUAGAAAUAUCACCUCCAAGAAAAACCGAUUGGAGGACUUUGAGCACUUGGGCAGCUAUAUUUUUGCUCUUCUUUGGAACAUGAGUAAAGGUAGAUUGCCGAAGCCGAUUAUUGAGGAUAUAACUGGGUUUUGCAAUUCUACCCUAAUUCCGAGAAUGAAUUAUGCUGCUAAAGACAGGGCUACUUCUCAAAUCUUGGGGAAUUAUACUGUGAGGGUCGGAGCCGAUGACAUUGAGUUUGACUGUGUUCCGAUGGCACCCCCUUCUGGAUUUAUGGCAUAUAAUUAUUCAAGGGGUAAUCAUAAUGAAAAGUGCCCUCAUAAGUAUGCAUUGUUAUGGACUACAGCUAGGACAUAUGGAUCCGAGGAGGGGGGUCACUUCUUCAUUGCCGAUUAUGGAAUCAGAAUCAAACAGUCAGCCAAUUCAGUGGUAGUUUGGAAGCCCACUGACUUUCAUGGUACUACUUUAUCAAUAAAGGGCCCUACCGAUGAGUCUGAUUCUCAUCAAAUUGGUAUGAGUAUUGUCACUCCUGUCCGAUUGGUAAAAUUGUGGGAAAAAUAUCAACAGGAACAAAUUACUGCCGAUAAUGUUGAGGCUAUUUUGGUUGAGUCCGAUGAUUCUGAGGAGGAAUAA